AUGGGCAAUUCUCAAUCGCGCCUUGCCAAAGAAGAUGCCCGCCGCGCCAACCGCCUCUCAAAGCCUCUGACCAAGAGAGUGAGUGAACCCACUCAACUCGAACUAGAUCAUUCGGGGUUCAAUUCGGGCUUGAUAGGCUGGCAGAAUCCCUGGGUGGGACAUAACAUCAGUACCUCUGUUGAGAAACGAGGUAGUUAUCCCAAGAAAGCAGAGAUCCCACCUACACUGUUCGAGACAGAGUCGCCCGAUGAGAGUUCAACUGAGCAGCGUUUCUCUGAACAUGACCCGACUUUCGAAAGACGCCAUUCAGCCCAUCCAAGUCUUGUGACUGCAGGGUCUACAAGAACGUCGUACCAGUCGGAAACUUGCUCUCAGCCCUCGCCCGUUUCCGAACAGCCGCCUAGUCGGGCCAAUUCCACUCGAACUGCCCUGCAGAGACACAACAGUGCCGUCUAUGAAAAUAAAGCAACGUCUUCCAACACCCACUUCUUAGUUGGCAACCAAAGGUUCUCAUUGACACGUCGUCGAUCACUUUUGACGCGCCCUGGGGUUGCUACAAGGAGAACGACAGGUGCAAUUCGCCGUGUUCCUUCGCCAAUCGGGGAACCAGAGUACCAGAUUGAGGAUCCAACCGAGUCAACCGUACUACAAUGGCCAUUGCCUUUGACCCAGCGCCCUUUAUCGCCAGUGCGGCCAACGAGUCCGACCGAUGCUCGCUAUACCCAGCUCGGAGCCCUCAAGCUUGGGUCUUUGCGAGUGGUCAAUGGUUCGGCUUCUCCAUGCCCGAGCGAUCGAAUUUCUUUGAAGGGGUGUGCUCCAGUUCCGGGGCUCGGGCUUGAAAACAUGGAAGUCGCAAGGCCCAGCAGAGGAUCCACACUGGAGAUUCCAGCUUUGCCCGACUUGAAGAAGUCAGACGAUGUUCCGGGUAGUCCCUUUUCAUUCGAGAAGUCUCCCACCAUCACCGUUGCGCCUAGGGCGAAGUCAUUAUUUCCAGAUCCAGAGGAUGAAGGUAUCGCCCUCUUCGACGACACUAGACUCCAGCUGGAGAAGAGUGCUUUAGACGUCGGUCUUGCCCGAAGCACAUCGCGAUCACUCAACAAGUCCGACAGCGGUUACAGCUCCGCCGCGUCGGUCCACUCCAUCCAACGAAGCCGCACUCAGAGCUCUGCUGACUCUCACACGUCGGUCUCAUGCGGUGCAGACAGCGCAAAGAACGUUUGGAUCUUCAAUGCCCCGGCUUCUGGUCGACAAGGUGCUACGGUGCAACGUCAUCUGAGCCUCCAGUCUCAGCCAGAGAACUACUCUCGAUUACAUCUUUCUGCUACUCGCUGGUAUGACUCGAGUGACCCAGUUCCCCUCGCUCCUUCACGGUCGCGACGGUCGACACUAUGUGCGCCUCGAUACACAGAAUAUUCGCCGUGCGAGUUCACUCGCGAAGUCAGAUCCAGCGUGGUUGAGACUUCAUACCUCUCUCAAUUAUCUCAGAGUCAGCAAGGCUUUACUCGGGGCCCUUUCUAUGGAGAUCGGUUCUCCGUGAACUCAUUUGAUGUUGUCUCUUCUGCGGGCUCUUCUGCUACGUUGAAUUCACAUAGUUCCCAGCAAACCAUGACCAGUUCGAAGGAUCGACUUCGCAGGUCGGCCUCUGAGUAUCAUAUCCAUGAAGAAUACAACUCACAACGCUCUCGGUCCCGCAGCAGAGUGGGUCGCAUCUGGACGAAGAAGCCCGGGGUUGAAGCUCCCCCACUACCUACUAUUUUAUCACCAGGCUACUUGCAAGAUGAUCUCGACCAUGAGCUAAAUCUUGAACUCGUUCACUCUGAGCCAAUGCGAGGCCGGCCUCGAAGCCGGAGCCACGACUACCGUCGGAAGCUGACGAAAACCCGCCCUCCGACGGAUCUGUUCAUAUGA